AUACGUAUGCAGGACCAGUACCGACCAGUACCUUACGUACCGUACGUUCGUGUGCGUGUACAAGAUCAUAAGAUGUCUGGAUGACCCGAUCAAUGAUAUUUUGUGUGGUUUUGACCGCUGAUAUUUACUCCUUUUUCGUGGAAAUCGUGAGUGACUUUGCCAUAAGAAGCUGCACAAUCUUUUCAAGGUCGCAUUUGCUAGACACCAGAUCCUACAAUGCACUGGCUUCACCUGAGGUUAGAAGAUGUCUCAAAAUAACCCUGCCCUUAGUCAGCACAACACUUUGGCUUCAAAAAUUUCAAGAUUUGAAGGAAAGAGACCAGCACUAGAGAUGGUUUCUCAGGACAAACAGUUUCAGAGUUUGCAAUCUAAUGAGGGUAAGAACAUGGAGUGUCAGUAUCAGGGAAAAGCAAAGUUGGUUGCAGAAGAACAAGCGGAGGAGGGAGAAAUGAGCAUGGGAGAAAUGAGCACCAGAGGUUCUUUGCUCUCUCAAGAUGUAAGAGCUGAUGGAUGGUGCCAAGAAAGAGAUGUUGGAUCUUUAAGGGGUGACCUUGGACUUAAAUGUCACGGUGAUGCAGAUGUCAGCAUGAGUGGCAGCUUGCGAUCUGAUAAUUCUGGUAGAAAUGUGGGGACUGCUGCCAUUUGCAAGCAAAGAUGCAAAGAAGAAGAGGUCCAAAAGAAACUCAAAGACAUACAUAUAGUUGGUGAAAAGGUUACUAGGGAAGAAGAUCAUAAUCAAGAUGAUCUGAAUAAAGAAAGACAUUGUGAAAGUGUUAAAGGUACAGACACUCAAAAUCUAUCUGUAACGAGUGGACAGAAACUGGAUAAAGCAGUUCUACCUGGUGAAAAAACAAGAAUAGGAGAUGCUAGAGGAGAAAAGGGAGGAGGAGAAGCAGCGGGAAAGAGGCAAGGAGGACAUUCUAAACAGGAACUGGAAGCCUCAUUGUUCCCAAUAAGAUCAAGUGACAAUGGUAAACAAACAUUCUAUCAAGAUUCUAACAAACAAUCAUUGGACAGUUCCCACAACUUGCAUUCGUCUCAUAGCGAACCCAGCAUGACUACAUCCCAGUCUUCUCCGACAUCCUCCUCCAAAUACUCUCGUAGUCAAUCCCUCCAGGUCAGCCGCAGAAACGACCAUUAUGACAUACUGCUGAUCUACACCAAAGAAGAUGAACGCACCUGUGCAAUCCCUUUCAGAGAAUAUGCUGCCAGUAAAGACUGGAAGGUUACCUCCACAGCUGAGCUUCCUAUCGGUCCCCUGUCACUUAAAAACUUUCGCAAAGCCAUGGAGUGUUGCUCUUACGUUGUGCUGUUAAUAUCCUCGCAUUUCAUCUCGGACAGGGCCUGUGAACGACACUACAAUAUUGCCAUCCAGUAUGGAGAUAAACACCAAGAGUUCACUGAUUGUGUUCUUCCAAUCCUCUUUGAUAGUGCUGAACUUCCUCCUGAAUUAGAUGCUAUUCAGCAUGUCACAUGGGAUCAUCCUUACUUUGACAAUGUCAUGACAAAGUCAAUCGAUGUUGAGAAGCGCCUUGAGCGAGAGUUACAGGAAGCUGCAGCAGUUACAUGCACAUCAUUAACCCAUAGCAGAGCUAUCUCAGUAGAUGCCAGCUUACCUACCACAAGUUCCGUUCAGUACCAGAUGGCCUCAACCCCACCAACCCUUCACACAGUUCCAGCAAAAAUACCAGUUCAUAAGACUGAGUCACCUCAAGGAAAUACAGCUGCUCAACAGAGAGUAAAAGAACAAGAAGCAUGUUUGAUGCCCACUGAUGUUGAAUCACCGAUCUUACCACCCAUUCCUGAUAACACAACAUCCAAUGUGGUUGCCAAGCAGAGACUGAAGCCAGGAGAUGCAGCAGCCACUGGAGGUCAGGCACAACUAGCUGCAACAGAUACCAGCCAGCACACUAUAAUCCCUUGUCCUGGAUACUCCACUCAUAGGCUUGAUCAUAGCAGCAUGCCACAACAUCAAUCUCUUACCACCAUACCCUGCCAGCCACAAUCAACAUUCCAGCAACCAGUGAAUGCAGCAGAAAGGCAGUAUCAACCAUUACAGCAUCCUGGACCGGAUGCUAGUAUAUCUCAGGGGGGUUGUGAUGCAGUGGCACAAGUCAGCUCUCAGAUCCUGCAACCCCAACCACCACAUCAACCACUUACCAAUCUACUUCCUGCAGCAUACCAACCACAAUCAACCUAUCACCAACACGUUCCUGUUCAACAUCCUCAUUUUCCUGAGUCAGAUGGAUCUCCACAUUCAGUCACAUCACCAUCUCCAGUUGUCCAAUCUCAACUGCAUCGUACAAUCUCCCAUCCUUCACAGGAUUAUGCCAACAUGACAGGUGAAGAGAUAUUGCGUUCACUGAUCCCGGAGUUAAAACCUGGACAAGCCGCUACCCAUAUGCUCUCAUCGACUCGAUUUGGUAAGAUAUGUGAGCUCCUGGAUGACACCGAUGUCCGGGGAAAUGACUGGAGAUUCCUGGCCGAGAUCCUGGAUGUGAACUCCUCUCAAAUGAGUUUAUUGGAGAAGAACCAGAGAGGGAAAACAAGGUUUCUUUUGGAGGUUUUCUUCUUGAAAAAUGGGAUGGAGGGGAAAUUAAAGGCACUGGAGGAGCUGUCGAGAAUUCUGAAACUGAUCGAGAGGCAUGAUGCUGCUGAACAUGUAGAUAUGGAAAUCAAAGUUACCAAGUGUAGAGGAAGGUAAUGAUUCUUAACCAUUUGUAGAACAAAUAACCCCCCCCCCCCCCUUCUCGUGAGCAGCUAAAAUUCGUACCCGGUAAACCUUGGAUAGGUUUUUAACUUGGGACGUCUGUGCCUGAGCACUGCUUUUAUGUGAUUGUGAAGAGGGAGGUAUUUGUAAUUUAUCUUAAAAAUGAAAUAUGUUCAAUAUUAACAAGACUGUUAAAUUGUCUAGAGUGUGUGUACAGAGUGAUUCUGUACCUCCUGGGCAUCCUUUCAUUUUAGCAUAUAGUGAGUGUUGUUCACUGACUUAUCAGCUUUCAGCCAAUUAUACAAGGAUUUUGGUAUAAUAUAUCAGUUUGACAAGUGAAAUUCCAUGACGAAUCCCUUCAUAAUAUACUCCCAAAUAUAGAUUUCCUAAGUGAGAUAUUGAGACAAUAGGAAAUGUAGUUGAAUAUCUCAGACUGUACAUAAUGUAAGAAGGAAUGAUUUUAAAGUUCUCAUGAUACUUUUGUUUUAAUAAUACAAAAAAGCCAACCUGGUGUUUUGAAAUUAAUUCAUGUCUACUUAAUUUUUCUGGAAAGAUGAAAAGGCGAAAACCAUCUAUGAUUUAUGAAUUUCUUUUAUAUGGAAUUGCAAACUGUUUUGAGGAGUCCCACUACUUCCAUAUGUUCCAUGACAGCAAAAUACACUGAUAAUGUGCCACAAAGUAUGUCAAUGCAAUUCAACUAUUGUGAUUGUUGAGAUAUUGAUAGAGAAAGGGUGAUCAGUCUUGCAUGACACACGUAAUAAAAAUGAUUGAUGGUUGCAGAAAAGAUAUUUAGUAUAACUUAAUUAGGUGAUCUGUCAAUCAACAGAUCAACUUUUAAUUUCAUACAAAUUUUCUUUUUUAUUUCUUUCUUUCUUUCUUUCUUUCUUUAUUAUUUAAUUUUAUUUUUCGGCCCUUUUCUUGUUACCAUAAAAUCUCAAAAUCUGCAUCAUCAAUUUUCUUCAAAAUAUCAUCAAUAAUGGGGACUUAUCAUGUCAUCUGUAUGAAACCAGUUCAAGGUCAAUAGGUCAUCAUGACGUCAUCUAGACACCAUUUUGUAAAUUCACAUUAUCAAUCAUAUCUUCAUUAUCAAUUAUAAAAAAUUAACAAUAUUUACAUCACAUUAACUUCAGGUCAAGGGUCAACUGUCCAUGCCAUCAUAGGUCAUGUAAAGGCCACGACGUGCACGUACACGCGCGUCAAAAUUUUAAAAUGCUCAAAAUCACUCUUUGACCAAAGUAGAGUAUGAAUCAGGUCAUUUUAAGCAUUUCAAAACAUUUCGCGCGCGCACGGUUACGCGCGCGUUCUCACGCGUAACGGCACCAUACAACAUGGGAUUGCCAUUUUUUUUCAUAUCAAUGCAUUGAUAAUAUAAUUCUGAGUAAUUUGAUACCUUGAUCUACCUUCUACGACAAGUAAUAACUGAAUAAGCCUCCAUCAAAGUUUACAGCACGUGUGCGCGUGCGCACUAAGCAUAGACAAUAUAUGUGCAAAAACAUGCCUAUACAAAAUUCAUUAUAUAGCUCUUCAGGAAGUCCGUUGACCAACAAUUUUUUUUCAUAUUCGAAUAGAGUAUGGAUGGGAGAUGUGAUUUCAUGCCUUAUUUGACCCUUAAUUUCAUCAUGACGUCAUGAAAAUUGCGUCGGAACUCAAAAUUUCCACUUUGCUACUUAUGACGUCAUCAUAGUUAUGCAAAUUAGACUCUAACUCCGUAAAACAUUGGUCAAUUUUCGCUCAGUUUUUUAUAUGUUGUAGCUGAGGACAUACUCUUUCUAAUGUAAUGGCUAGAUUUACAUUUAAAGGAAUGGAUCAUCCUAAAAAAUGGCAAGUUAUAGAUGCAUGGCUUUUUUUCGACCAUUUUGUGUGCAAUCUCUAUGGGAAAUGACUUUUUCUCAAAACUGGAUUUUACAUUCCUCUAUUUCGCGAGCCACAUCUCCAUUUUCUUUUGUCGGUUUUCUCUGAGCUUGGAGUAUGUUGUAGC